GUAAGAAAUAUAUUUAUUACUUUAUUUAAUCAGCGUAAUUAAACACACAAUCGCGAACAAGGAACGGUGAAAAGAUUUCCAAACCACGUCGAUGCAACCUGGACCUGGGUCAAUCUAUCUCUCGACCUAUCCCACUACAAUUCUUCCUAGAUCUUUCACAAUACUCGUUGAUAGUUGACCGAUCGAAUUACUCUCUCCCAGCCAAGAAAUUUAAUUUAAAUCAAUUUUGACAUUAAUUUAACAUAAAUUUAAAUACGGGAUUAAUAUAACAUGAAAUAUCAUUAAAUCUAUGAAUAAUAUUUAUACGAUUUGAAAUUUCAAAAUUGAUUUAAUCUCACGAACACACAAAUAUCAACAUGUCUAUAGUUAUUGAUAAAGAUGUUUCACGAUUAGCGACUGCUUGAACUACGUGCCGGUUAGCUACUCGAGAGUGGAGUAGAGUGACCUUGCUCGAAGGCUGCUCUCUCUCUCUAGAAGAGGCGACGUCGGCGUCCGGAUCGGCGUCGGCGUCCGGAUCAAUAUACACGGUGGACGUCGAGAACGCGUGCGCGCUGCGGGAUAGGCCGAUCCGGGAGCUGUCAGACCACGAAGAGACGACGAGUGAUUCUACUCUAGUUGCGCGCUAGCAAGAGGCCGACCUCUUCGUCUCAAGAGCUACCCCCCGCGCGAGAAUCGAUUCUCUUUCUCUCUCUCUCUCUCGUUCUUUCGCUCUUUCUCUCUCUCUCUCUCUCUCUCUCUUUCUCUCAACGACGCGACGGAUCUGCUCCACUUUUUUUCUCUAUUCCUGUCUAUCUAUUUGUCUUCGAAUCUUCUCGUCCUUCUUCUUUUUCGUCGUCGUUCCUCUCUGCUCUUCGAGAGUGUCGUUGGAGAAGAAGUCUGCGUACACCUGGUGAUCAACGACAGCGACUGCGGAAGACGCGUCAACGUCGCAAAUCACGACUUAUGCGUCUGUACCGAGCAGAAACAUCCAGGAUAUCAUCCAGAGGGAAAGGAUCGGCGUGUAGCAAAGGCGGCGGCGACAGCAGGACACUAUCAUCCGACCGGCGAUCAUCAAACGGCAACACCAUCACCACCCACGAUCGUUUGUUUUUGCGCGAGUUAACCAGCGAGUUAACAUCAACAUCAUUACCAACCUGGUACCACCGAUUACCGGGCUUUCUUAGGGCGACGAGCGACGGACACGCAGCGUGUAUGAUCAUUGAAGACUAUCCCCCUACCCCACCCGCCACCGCCAAACCGAGGCAACACUCAAGGCAUCAAGAUACCACCCAACGAUUCCUAAACCUCCAUCUGGUCCUGCCCAAGCACAGGACCUCAAAAUUUUCCAGUAAUAGGCAUCGGAAGCUACAGCCAUUCAGAGAAACGUGACUGGCGUCAGCGGGUAGCGGCGCGGCACGCCUUACCGCUAACAAGGAUUACAACCCUGAAAACAGGCAGAACCACCCUGACUCGACACGCUGCUGUUACG